AUGUUUUUUACAGAAUGCAUGCUUCCUAAAAGGGGGGAUAUUGAUGAAGAGUACACAGAUUUCAUCUUUUUUAAAGAUGAGAGUAGAAAAUCUUCAAAUAGGGUAAAGUUCAAGUUUGUUGGUCAAAAAAUCCAUGAAGAUAAACAGGUAGAGGAGUUUAAUCUAUCUGUUGAAUAUAAGUCUUCAAAGAUGGGUAUGCUAAUAACACGGCCAAGAAAUCGUUUCAUUAUUAUGAGAACGAUUCUGUAUAACACCAUUAUAAGAUCCUUAGAGAAAUGUGAUCUCUCAUCCUUGAAAGACGUCUCCGCAAUCACUUCACAACUAUGGGGGAAGAAUGAUGGAAUAUUUCAGCUAUACUUUGAGCUUCUUUCACAAUUUGAAGAGCACUGGCAUCUAAACAUUUAUCCUGAGUAUCGUUACCAUAAGGUAAAUAAAAUAAGUCGGCAACUGGAAAAUAAGCUCGUGUAUCAGAAUAUGUUGAAUCGAAUGCGCUAUUUUACAGCUUCUUCGCUGUUAUCCAAAUUGGAGGAUAUUGUAACACUCCCCGCUGCUUCUGCUACGGAUGCAGCUGGUACUGCUCCCACUGCUGCAGAACCUUUUAGUUCCACCUAUACAUACUCCUCUUUCCAUUCCUCUCAGAUACGUGCCAACCAUCUACACCACUACCACUACCAAAACCGCCAGAAGAGGCAAAGUACAACUACAAGAAGCAAUUCUCAACAGCCAAACCUUCCAUCCUUGCAAAACCCGCAUUCUUCAGAGACUCUCCAGAACUGUCAUUGGAAAAUCAAAAAAUCCUCGUCCUGCAAAAGAACUCGAAAUCACAACUUUGCGCUCCCGAAACAAGAUCACAGAUGUGAUCGCAUCAAAUUCGACUUUCCCAAGAAGAAGCUUCUUCCUCCAGAUCUCAACACUGUUUCCAACAACACCAACCCCUCUCGAUUCCCAUCCACUUCCUCCAUGAAAAAGCCUCUGCAAUAUUCAACCCUUCCUAGCCCCCACUAUUCCCCCUUACUCCCCCGCAUACCCACUGCUAGCCGCCUAGCAAGCUCCAAAGCUGACCACUGCCAUCGUACUGCAGGGGCUUCACAUUCAUACAACAUCUCUUCCAGCUCUUUCCCCUCCCUUGCUUACUUCACUAAGCCUACAGAGAUAGAUUUCACUCUUCAAACCAGGCUUUCAACCUUGCCCUAUGUUCCAGAACCAAAAUCGCUCUCUAAUGUGGAAGAUCUCUUUAUCGAAAGUGACAGAAUUGUGCUGUUCUCUUCCAGAAAUCCUUAA